CACAAAGCACUUGGCAGAGCGCUGAGGGAGCUGCUUACACUUGGAAGUGGGGAAGGGCAUCGUCCAUCCAUCGCCAUGGCAACACGGCCGGGCCCUUUGACUGAAUGGCCAUGGCAGUGGAUGGGAAGCUUCAAGUACCUGGUCUUGGCGCCUGCGGCGUUGCACACUGCGCACAGGGUGGUCACCAAGGGGUGGGGGGACAUGAGCCUGGCAUACGCCGCCAUGUUACCAGCUCUGCUUCUGAGGAUGAUCCAUAACCAAAUCUGGAUCAGCUUGUCUCGCCACCAGACCGCACGCACGAAGCACAUCAUCGUCGACCGUGGACUUGAAUUCGACCAGGUGGACCGGGAGAGUUCCUGGGAUGACCAGAUCAUCUUCAAUGGGCUGUUCUUCUACCUGGCCUACGCAGCCGUCCCGAAUGUCAGUCGCAUGCCGGUGUGGAGAACAGACGGAGCCAUCAUCACCGCCUUGCUUCACAUAGGACCUGUCGAGUUCCUGUACUACUGGUUCCACAGGGCGCUGCACCACCAUUUCCUCUACUCUCGCUACCACUCACACCACCACGCCUCCAUCGUCACAGAGCCCAUAACCUCUGUCAUCCAUCCAUUUGCUGAACACGUGGUUUAUUUCCUGCUAUUUUCGAUCCCCAUGAUGACACCAAUUUUUAUGGGCUGUGGUUCUGUCCUGGCUGUUGUCUUGUACAUCACGUACAUCGACUUCAUGAACAAUAUGGGGCACUGCAAUUUUGAGCUGGUGCCAAAGCGCGUCUUCCAUGUCUUCCCUGCUCUCAAGUACCUCAUGUACACUCCCUCGUUUCAUUCUCUACAUCAUACACAGUUUCGUACAAACUACUCGUUGUUCAUGCCGUUCUAUGACUACAUAUACAACACCAUGGACAACUCAACUGACGAGCUGUAUGAGAGAGCACUGAAAGGAACAGAAGAAACACCAGAUCUUGUCCACUUGACGCAUAUGACCAACUUGCGAUCGACUUAUCAUCUUAGGGUUGGGAUUGCCUCUAUAGCCUCCAGACCAUCGGAAAGCCCUGUAUGGUAUAUGUGGAUGAUAUGGCCAGUGGCAUGGCUGUCAAUGGUACUGGCAUGGGUUUAUGGAUCUUCUGCGUUUGUCGUUGAAAAUCACACACUGAAGAAGUUCAAGAUGCAAACAUGGGCAAUACCAAGAUACAACUUCCAUUAUGGCUUGAUUUGGGAGAGAGAAUCCAUCAACGGCUUAAUUGAGAAGGCAAUACUAGAUGCUGAUGGAAGAGGGGUCAGAGUGCUCAGUCUAGGACUGUUAAAUCAGGCAAAACAACUCAAUGGAGGUGGUGAAUUAUUUACAAAAAAAUAUCCAAAAUUAAGAGUUCGACUUGUUGAUGGAAGUGGCUUAGCAACUGCAGUGGUGCUCAAGAGCAUCCCUUUAGAUACAAAGCAGGUUUUUCUUUGUGGAAGCAGUUCUAAGGUAGCCCACGCCACAGCUACAGCUUUAUGUGAGAGAGGUGUCCAGGUAAUCAUGAACCAAAAGAAGGAAUAUGACAUGCUCAAGUUGCGAGUUCCAGAGAGCAGCACUGGCUAUCUGAAAUUCUCCAGUGAUGAAAUACCCCAGAUCUGGAUAGGAGAUAUCAUAGACGAUAAGCAACAACGGAGGGCACCAAGUGGAACAAUAUUUAUUCCUACAUCACAGUUUCCCCUUAAGAAGACACGCAAGGAUUGCACCUACCUGGGUAGCCCAGCAAUGAAGAUCCCGGAGACAAUGCAGAACGUUCACACCUGUGAGAAUUGGCUUCCAAGAAGGGUGAUGAGCGCAUGGCGCAUUGCCGCGAUAAUACAUGCUCAGGAAGGUUGGAUCAUGCAUGAGUGCGGAGAUGAUAUGAUGGACAUCGAAAAGGUUUGGUCGGCAGCUAUUAGGCAUGGAUUCAUUCCUCUGUCAAAGGCUUGAUUCUUCUGAAUCCUGGCAGAAAUGUUACUCGGCAAUGAUUUAAGAUUCAGUGUUAAAAGAAUAAGGAGUGUCAGAUAUGCUUAUCAGCUUGCUAGCUUCAUCGAGCAGGGUCCGCAUAUAUCUAGAUAGAAAGCCAUAAGUGUGAUAUCCAUACUACUCAUAGGUAUAUACUGUAUGUAUGAGUAAUCAACUUGUAGAAAAUUAUCAAAGCAAUCAUCAGACUAUCGUGAUCUUCA